AUGAGUCGCCACCAUCCGUAUGGUGGAUAUGAGGGAGGUCCCCGCAGGGGCAACUCCUCUGGUCCAGGUCCAGACCGCAGUACGCGAUUUUCAUAUGAUAGGGGAAGUGGUUCGCCACGCGGAAGAGGGCGCGGUCGCGGAGGUUAUAAUAACGCAAAUCACUACGGAGGCGGUGGAGGAUACGGUCAGAGUACAAGUUACGAUUCCGCAACGCCAGAAUCAUACAAUCAGUGGGACAAUAACUCUCAAGAUUAUUAUGGUCAGAGUGGAAGUUAUGGCGAAGCAUAUGCACCAUAUGGUGAGGCCUCUGGAAGCUACAAUGAACAAGGAUAUGGAAGCUACGAAGAUGGUUCACCAAACCGCAGAGGCCGUGGUGGUGGUCGCGGUGGUGCACCAGGAGUGCCUCGCCGCGAACGAGAUGACAAAGUCCAUGAUUCUUUGAUUGAGGAGAGGAUAAUGCGUGAACGGCCCUGUAGAACGCUAUUCAUCCGCAACAUUAAGUAUGAGACAAACAGUGACGAUGUUCGCGCAAUAUUCGAAGAACACGGGGAAAUAAAAACUUUCUUUGAUCUUAUUGCGAAUCGAGGCAUGGUGUUCGUUACAUAUUAUGAUUUACGCGCAGCAGAGCGCGCCCGUGAACGCCUGCAAGACACGGACAUCUCCGGCCGUCCAAUUGAUGUACAUUAUUCCCUACCUCGUCCGGAUGAAGUAAAUAGUAAGGACCCCAAAGAUCGUAAUCAGGGCACGCUUCUCGUGACUCUACGCAGUUCGUCUUCUCCGAUCGACGACAAUGAAGUUCGCCGAAGAUUCCAGCAGUUUGGCGAUGUGAAAAGUGUGAGAGUCGGUGACAAUAUGCACAGUGAACGUUACGUAGAGUAUUUUGAUACUAGGAGCUGCGAGGAUGCAUAUGACCGAAUGCAUGAUCAGCCGUUCCAAGAUGGCAUUCUGGAAGUCCAAUAUUCAUCCGAUAUUCCCGACGUGCCACUUCCGCCCGGUCCAAUUCCCCAAAGGCGGCCGGACGAGAGAUCAACCCGUGGAGGUCGAGAUUAUGAUGACCAUAGUACUCGGGGACAUCGAGGUGGACGUGGUGCUCCUCGUGGAAGGGGUGGCUUUGCAAGAGACGAUUGGGAUCGGCGGGAUGACUGGGACCGUGAUCGUGACCGUGAUCGCGGUUACCGUGAUGAUUACGACGGAGGAGGAGGACGGGCCCGUGGCCGCGGACGCGGUCGGGGGCGUGGAGGAGGCUUUAACGACCGUUAUGAUAGCAAUAGAGGCAGCGACUAUGGUGGUGCGCCGCCUGCUAGCGGGUACGGGCAGCCUUCGCCCUCUGGCCCUCAACCUCCUUAUGGCCAGCCUUCUACGCCCUCUGCACCGCCCGUCGACGAGCGAUUGGAACAAGCAAGGAAAGUACAGCAAUUGCUCGCUGCGUUGAAGCAACCUCAAGCUGGUGGACAAGCGCCGCCCUCUGCACCGCCGCCAGUAUCAGGGCCCCCGCCUCCCCAAAUGCCGCCCAGCGGUUCGGGAUUCUUCCCUCCACCUCCGUCUAUGCCUGGUAUGCCGCCUCCAUCGACGUACGCUGGUGGCCCACCUCCUGUGCCGAAUCCAUAUGGUGCACCACCUCCCCCACCCUCGAACCUCCAGCAACCUGCGAACGGCGCUCCGCCUGGUUCAAUACCGCCCUCCCUAUCGGGUCUGCCACCAAAUGUACUUGCAAUGCUGCAGCAGAUGACACCAGGGCAGCCAAACGCUGCGGCGCCACCACAGAUGCCUCCUGGGAUGCCUCCUCCUUCCGGAGCGUAUGGUGUUCCGCCCGCACCACAGGGUGCUCAACCUGGCGCAGGAGGUGCGACUGCGCAGGACUACCAGCAGUUGAUGUCGUUCUUGCAAGCUCAGGCAGCGAAGCGAUAA